CGCCUCUGCCUCUGCCGCGAUUCGAUUCUCGUCUGUCGUUUGUGUCCCAUGUCCCAGCGGUAGGUGCUCAGAGCAAGUCUCUUCUUCUUCUUCGACAGCACGGCAGCACACUGCACUGCACUUGGUUCGACAGCGUCACUUGCCCCACCUCCUCCUCCCACCGACCCGCCCCGAGCUACGCUCUAGCGCGUCGCACAAACUUCCGACACUGCCUAUUGUGGCCUCCUAUCCCUCUCCACCAGAUCCCCCCUCCUCUCAUCCUCUUCCCACGAAUGUCCACUCCACGCCGGACACCGCGCAGAAGCCUGGCUGCCUCGUCGCCGGUGGUGCUGCUGCCUGCGCCAGCAACGCCGACGCACUACACCAAGGCGGACCUGCUCGCGCGUGCCGAGGCCUCCCAGCUCCUGGGGAGCGAGGACGAGGACGGGCUCAGCUCGUUCAUGUCCCCCCGCGCGAGACGGCACGCAGCCUUCACACGGGCUCGCGAGGCCUCGGCUGAGCCCAGCGUGAGCGGCACGCCUGUGGCCAGGUCGAGUGCACCGAAAGCGGCGACGAUCAGUGAAUCGCCCGAACCUCCCACUGGGGGGGAAGACGCAGGUGAAGCUUCCGGCUCCGAGGGACCAAACUCUCCAUCCGACUCCACAUCAACAUCAUCAGCAUCAGACUCUUCAUCAGACGACGACUCGUCAAGUGAAGAUGACGACGACGACGAGUCCGACUCGGACGACGACGACAGCGACGACGAAGAGGAGGAGCUCGAGCGCCAGCUCGCGGCCGCACGCGCGUCCGCCACCGCGGCCGUGAAGAAGGGCAAGAGCAGUGCCGCAGCCCCCUCGACAGCCCUGGGCGAGGACGAGGACGGCGAGCUCAAGUUUGAGAGCGAAGAGCCCAAGGAGGCACCUAUCCCCGACCUCGCGAUCCCCUCAAUAUCUACACGCCACCUCGUCCUUGCCGACGACGGCACCGCACGUGCUGGCGAGGCUGGUCCCUCCAAGCUGCGUGAGGGCGCCCCCGAGCUCGACCGGAGAGGAUACGAGCGUGCUCUGAGCAAGCGGGAGAAGCUCGCCCAGCCAAAGAAGGCUACGGCCUCAGAGCUGUGGACUACACUGCCCUCUGCCCGCCAAGACGAGCUCCCUCAGAUGAAGCGCGACUACCAGGCGCUUGCAUUGGCCAACUCGCUCGACCCCAAGCGAUUCAUGAAGGGCGGCAACCGCGGUGGCAAGGUCCCCGAGAAGUUUGCCAUCGGAACCAUGGUCCAAGCCCCGCGCCACCUUCAGGACACAACGGUUCAAAAGGAACGCAAGUACCGUGCAGGCGAGAUUGUGGCCAGCCUCAUCCAGGACGCCAACAUCGGGUCGUACGCCAAGCGCAAGUACGAAGACUUGCAGGGCAAGCGUAUGGCGAACGGCCGGGGCAAGGGGUGGCACAAGCGCUCCAAGUGGUAGAGCAGCUGGCUGCAUUGUGGCGUCGGGUUUACAUAGAUUUCAUUGUGCGUUCGGCGUGUUGCCGAGCGGCACAAGCUCCAAGAUCUCCCCGGGGGAACCGCAUACUGACCAACUCGCAGGGUUGCAUUGCAUGGUCGCGUGUUUGUUGUGUGUGUGGUGUGGUGGCAGUCAGGUGUUGUGUGGCUCAUGUCGUCAGUGAUGGUGGUGACCCUGUGGGUCUGAUAUCCCAAAAGGUCCCGCUUCGCCACAAGUCGGUGUUAGUGUCACAACCGUGGCUGAGCGGGAUCAAAUUGGGGCUUGAUGGCGCUUCUAGGUUGCCCUGCCGCCCCUUUGCCCGUUGCAGAUUUUCACACUGAGCCCAGUCUGUCAUUGUCGUAGCCUACUGGCCGCCUGGCGGAAUUCUCGCUCGUGAUUGGCCACCCGUCGCCUUUUCACCUUCGAGUGCCCAACCCGUUCCCGCCGUGCACGCACCGCCCUUUGGCUCGGCCGGCCAGCACCCCUUCUUUGCAGUGUCACGCCCUCUAGCAGGCUCCACCACCCCCACCCCACACCCAAAGCUAUCGGACGGGCCCGCGGUAAAUCGUCGUCGAGCCCGCUCCAAACGACAGCACCGAGACCGCUUCAUUGCGGCCUCACCACCCCCCCACCCCCCCAGCCCCGUGCAUGACGUCCGGCAGGAUGGUGACCACGUCGCGGCGUGCCGGACGAGUCACCAACAAGACCAAACUCCUCGUCUACAGGGGAUCGGACAAGGUCGACCUAAGCGCAGCCGAAACCAUUGUUUGGAACAGUGACUCAGCAUCCGGAGAGGCCACCAAGAACCAACAUGUCGGCGCCAAAGGAGUCGAGACUGGCGAGCUCUUGGAACACCAUCUCCAAGCUGCACUCUCCUCGGCCUCCUUACUCCACUCGCGCGAUGCGACCAAGCCGUCCAGCCCCAACACCUCGCGUGCGGCUUCGACAAAGCCAGAGUCAGCUCCUGCUGAAAAGGCAGCUGCUGCCAACGGCACGUCGGCCAACGCUACGCUCAACUACCACAUCCCCACCCCCGAUGCCACUGGUUUAAUCGACAACAUCAACUAUGCCAAGCUGUACCAGGCCCACAAGUUCCACGAGCCCGUCAACUACAUUCGCUUUAGCGACACUGUAGAGGAAAGCUCGGGCGGCUCGGGCGGUCUGAACUACUGCAUGGACGACGAAGACCUUACCUGGCUCACUUCCUUCAACGCCAAGGCGGAAGGUGGCAGCGGCGAGAACGGCACGGCUAAUGGCACGACGGCGACUCCCACCAGCCCAGCCCAGGGCCGUGGCGAGCGCCGCACCAAGGGCAAGGAGAAGGAGAAGGGCGAGCCUCCGGCCGCGCUCCACAUCUCCGAGGACACUUUCGAGUACAUCAUGGGUGUUCUCGAGAAGCACGCCGAGGACACUGUCCCCAUGCUGCACACAAACCUCUCCCUCAUGCCCUUGUUCAGCCAUGUCGAGCCUCUGUUCUCGUCCCCGCUUGCCGCUUCCUUCUACCCCGGCUUCGAGGUGCCCAAGGGCAUCCCCGAAUGCCGUGUCCUCGCCCGCAUGGCUCGCUCCGUCUUCCCUCACUGGAAGACGAGGCGAGAGGCUCGUGAAGGCAAGUCGAUCAUGCCGCAGCUCAACUACGACGAAACCAACGACGGAGACCCGUAUGUCUGUUUCCGUCGCCGUGACGUCCGUGCUGCACGCAAGACUCGCCGUACCGACAACUUCUCGGUCGAGCAGAUGCAGAAGCUCCAGUACGAGCUUCGCCGUGCUCACGACCUCGCCAAACUCGUCCUCAACCGCGAGACGGAGAAGAAGACGCUCUACAAGGCCGAAAAGGAUGUCUGGGAGGCCAAGUGGAAGCUCUUCGAGACCAAACGCCGAUGGCCUUCACUCGGUGUCUCGCGAGACGAGGAAGAGAUUAUUACAGGCCGCCAGACAGGUGCAGCUGCGGCUUUGGUUGCAGCUGCUGCCGUCCAGCAGUCCGCCGCUGGGUUUGGCCACCCGCUCUCUACCACCAACACCAACAUCCCCCGCAACCGCAAGCAGGUCGACCGAGAGAAGGACGACCGCGAGCGACGGGACCGUGCCCUGGAAGCGCAGCGUGCUUACGAGCGCUCUUCGCAGCCGGGCAAGUCGAUGGCACCCGAUGCUAUUCGCGAGCGAUUGCAGGCGUUGCACGCCAAGCUCGACGAGGAGCUCGGCCGGCGCAAGGCCGCCGACGCUUCGUGGGAUGACUACACCGACUCUUCGUAUCAGCCUCUUCCCGCGUCGCAUGCCUCGCAUGCCUUCCGCCCCAUCAAUGUUCUCGACCCCCUCUAUAGAUCUAGCCCCGACACGGAUGACUCGGACUCGGACGACCAGGACCGACUCGUCAGCCCCAUGGCCUUCCGCCUGCGUCGUGGCCGUGCCGGACGUGUUCAUCUCGACCGUCGCCUGCCAACCUUUGCCUCGCGACGCGGCGCCAUGCCCACUUCUCCCGACAAGCUCAAGGAUUGGUUCUUCCCGGACACUUUUAGCUCGCACCAGCGCUCAUACCGACGCCUGAGGUCUAUCGACGACGUUCUCGACGGCGGUGACGAUGAGCUCGCCGAUGCCCACAGCCAGAAACGCCAGAAGAUCAACGAGAUUGUGCGAUAUGAUGCCGCUCGUGGUGGCGGCACUGGUGUUGGCAUGGGCUUCUCUGGUGACGAGGACCGUGUGGUCUUGGACGACUACAAGGACCAAUACGUUCGCCACCGUGUCACCCUUCUUCAGGAGGACGACUUGGCCAAGCUCCGCCCCGACGUCUCCUUCCUCGCCCAGGCCCAGAUGGACCUCGAAGCACCUCAGGAUUUGCCACCGCCGCCCAAGUUUAUCAAGCCCGCCCCGACAAACCCCCAGAUUGUCGCAUACCAGCAGCAGAUGAUCCAGCAGCAGCAGAUGGAGCAGCUCCAGCGCUUCCAGCUUCUUGCCCAGCAGCAGCAGCAAGCGAUGGAGCAGGCCAGGCUUCAGCAACAACAGCAGGCGGCCUACGCUCAGGCUCAAGCUCAGGCCCAGGCGCAAGCCCAGGGCCAGGCUCAGGCUCAGACUACCCCGACCGGUGGUGUUGCCACACCGAACGGCACGCCUCAGAUGCUGCCGCCGAACGGCGUCCCUCAGAACGGCAGACCGGUUGCGGUCAAGAGACCGUCUGCGCAGGACGUUGCUCGCGCCUCGGCUUCGCCGCAGCAGGCCGCUGCCCAGCAGGCUGCCCUCCAGCAGCAGGCUCAGCAACAACAGGCCCAGCAGCAAGCUCAGCAGCAGCAACAACAGCAGGCCCAGCUCGCCGCCCUUGCCGCCAAUGGCGGACAACAAUCUCCCCAGAUUGUCAACGGCGGCAUGGUCAUGCAGAACGGCAAGCCGUACGUGGCCGUCGCCAACGGUACGCCUGGCGUUCCUAGCCCUGUCGGCGCCAUCGACCCGCAGAUCCAGCAGCAGAGAAUGGCGGCGGCACGCGCGCAUGUUCUCGCCCAACAGGCGCAGAACCAGCAAGCGGCCACCGGGGACGUCAGCUUUGAGGCUUCGACUGCCGAGCAGCGACGUGAGCUUGCCCAGCUUGCCCAGCAGAACGGCUUUGGCACCAACGUUCAGGGCUUCCUGGACGCUCGGAACAGAGCCCGCCUCAUCAGCAUGGCCAAGCUCGCCGCCGCCCAGCAGGCCCAGCAAGCCCAACAAGCUGCUGUUGCCCAGGUCGCUGUGGGCCAGCCUCAGGUCGCCGCGAACGGAGCUGCUACCCAGGCUCCUUUCGGCAGCCCAGGCAUGACACCGGCGCAGCUCCAGCUCAAGUUACCCGCCCACGCUGCCGCGCGGCUGGCGGGAACGACGCCGCCUACGCCGCAAGCGCAGGCCCAGCGCUCGUAGGCCGAUUCCCAGUCUUGAGCCGUCACCUCCACUCCUCCUUCCGGACUUAGCACUUCAACCAAACACCUCAUCAACAUUACCAACUGAUUCCCCCGCAUUGCAUACCCUCUUCAACCCGGCUGGAUUCGGGCUCCAACAUGCUCGACCACCCGCCGCCGAGUGGCCUUUCGCACACUUCACUCCCCGCUCUCUGCACCACCACCACCACCAGAACUAGCGAGACAAUGACCACGUACCGGUCGCAUUUACAACAAGUCACGACCGGAUGAACACCAAAAGAGCUCGCAAAGUAGAAAAAAAUUCAUGUGUAUUCUAGCAGAUGGCGAGAGAAGCAGGCGACCGUAGGCCAAUGACGCUGAGAAAGCAAUGUAUAACAUGCAAAAAGAAGUGGGGCACGGCGAUUGAUGGCUGUCGGUCGGUGACUAGGAUAGGGGGCACCGAGUUAGUGCCACAUGCCGUCACAGAAGCACACCCGCGGUACGACUUGGCGCCAGCAGCGAGCGCCAUUCCGACCAGCGCCAACGCCUCGCCCACUAUGUAUGUCGUGGGGUCCGCGUUCGCCGGUGCUGUCGUCAUGGAGCAAGCAUCGAAGCAAGCCAGCCGGCGAUCGUACCACGUCCGAACCCCAUGACCUUCACGCUUCGCGGGCCAUAUGUAACUGGCU